AUGACGCGUAGCGGAGCCAUUUACAGAGAUUUGAUUCAGUCCCUUAAUUUAGUGAAAGACGAAAAUAGAAUAAAGAAAAAAGCUAUUGAAAUUUCAAGCCAAAUGGAUCUAAAGAUCGGAAGUGCCACAAUGUUGAAGAAUUGGUCGACUUGUAAACCCAUCUAUGCCAUUCAGAUAGCAUGUGAAAUGUUACGCGUUCAAUUUGAUCGAAGAUGUCUAUUGAAGUCAGCAAAUACCACGGAACAAGAUUAUUAUUCUUCUCUCUCAUAUAUAAAAAAAGCUCUCGGAAUUUCUUCCCUGAUAGAUUUUGAAUCUUUAGCAUCAAGAUUUGGUUGUCCCAAACUUAUCCCAUAUGCGGAGAAUAUGCUAGAAAUUUUCAAAGAAGAAUGGUGUAAGGAAUUAAGUGCUGCCAGUAAACGGGGAAUUGACUGGAAUGGUGAUAUCUAUAAAAUUGCUGUAUUUUGGUGUUGCUGCAAAAACGUCGGGGGACAAGAUCGAGUUAGUCAAGACCAAUUAAUCGGCUUACAAGAUUUUUCUACUUCUCGCACAGAAUUCCAACGUACUGUGAAACUUGUUGAAAAAUAUUGCAAGACUUACAUCAGUGAACUCAAAUCUCAAAUUAAAAAGGGCGACCUCACUAUUACUUUCAUAAAAUCGUCUCCUUCAAAACGUAAAUAUGUGAAUGAUGAUUAUGAUUAUGAAACAGGAAAAGAACGAUUAAAGAAAUGUGUUGUCACUCAAGAGGAUACCGAUGACGAAUUAUUGGACAUAAUUGAAACGAGGAAUAAGGGAAGUUAUACGGAAACAAAGUUGUAUAAAGAUUAUCUUGUAUGGCGCAAGGAAAUUUUCGGGAAAAUCGAAGCUCAACUCAAAAUGAUGAUGAUAGAUGAACAGGAUUGA